CGCGAUGUAUAUAUCAUAUGUACAUAAUUCAGUAUGUAUUAUAUAUACCAUAAGGCAAUGCUGCGGCGGCUGCUGCUGAUGUUGCCGCUGCUGUGACCGGCCCCCGCCGGAUGGGAGUGAUUUGCGGUUCGGGGCGCAUGCGCAGUGCCCGUCCAUUUUUCGGUUGGGGGAUACGUCGCGCCGGCUUUCUCGCCUCCCCACACUCUCUCGCCGGGAAAAAUGCCCUGUCCGUCGCACGCCGCACAAUACCAUAAUAAUAAUAAUAUAUAUAUUACCAUUUACGCGUCACAUAUAAUAUUAUUAUAUAUUGUAUUAUAUUAUUAUACGCCACCCCGAGUGGCGCGCGCGCACGCACCCUAACCUAACACGACGCGUUUUUCGUGAAGGCCACAACAUUUUUACCAUACCGCCGCCGCCGCCGCCGCCGCCGCCGCCACUGGACGAACCAGCAGAACGACGAAAACGUGCACCAGGCCUCGGCGUAGUACACGAACGCACUCAUUCGCGCGCGCACGCAGCUCACUAGUACUUCACGUGCGCACCGUAAUACAUUUUUUCAAUGCGUUUAGUAUUCAACUGCAGUGAUUUUGAUACAUAAUAUUAUAUCAGUAGUGACUUUAAAACAAAAUUUAAUUACUUAGAACUGUGACACGAGUGUUAUCCGACGGAGGUUUUUUUCUUCGACCACCACAAUAUUGCACCGGUACCAUAACGGACGACGGUUAAUAUUAUUGACAAUAUACUAGGUGCCGAACGCUUCAAGCCACGAACCUGCACCGAAAUGAGUGAAAACAAUACCGAAAACAAUCAACUAUCGACGGCACCUUCUAACGGUGUACACUCAGAGGACAAUAAAGUCAAUUCCAAAUUCAUAAACCUCAAAGAUUCGGUGGAAACAAAUGAAAAACCGAACAAAAAUGGAAAUGAUAGUCUCUCGUCCAAUGAUGCUGAAAACUUAAGACCGGAAAAUGAAGAAUUACCCGAAGGAGUUCGCCAAGGUAUCUGCAAAUGGUUCAAUUCAAAAAAAGGAUUCGGAUUUGUCACUCCUGACGACGGUGGUAAAGAUGUUUUUGUUCAUCAGAGAGUAAUUAAAAAAGAUGGAUUUAGAUCUCUUAGAGAGAACGAACACGUGGAGUUUACUUGUCAUGAAUCAGAUAAGGGUUUAGAAGCUACUCUUGUCACAGGACCAAGGGGUCAAUACUGUAAAGGUUCAAGAAAAACAUUUCCUCAAAAAAAAAUGAGAUGUUAUAACUGUGGAGAUUUUGCCAAUCAUAUUGCUGCCAAGUGCACAUUGAGUCCUCAGCCCAAACGCUGUCAUAGUUGUAAGGAUCCAAACCACCUUAUAGCUGAUUGCACUCAGAUUCAGAGCAAAGAGCCUGUGAUUAAUAAGUUCAUCAAAAAUCCGCGAAAAAAAUCAGAACGACAAAAACCAAGACCUAAGUCAAAACCAGAAGAUGGCAAUGUUGAUGAACAGCAAUCAACAAUUUUACCCAAUCAGAAUGGAGAUGAAAUUAACAACAAACAAGAUUAAGAUAAUUGAGUACAAAAGACUAAUAAAAAUCAUUUAUUAUAAUAA